AUGCAUUGUCCGCCUGUCUUGAUCGACAGUGGAGAAUGGCGGCCCACAUUUUUCUUCAACCAAGAUUACUUUUUGAGUCUAUGUUACACAUUCCACCCAAAUGUGAGCCUCGGAUUCGGAGGUCAAAUCUCCGGAUAUGAGCUCCAAUUCGAAAACCCCUCGAGGAAAGAAGACAUUGACACAGUGUACUGGGAAAUUAAGAUCCAUCGUGAUCUGGGAUGGGCCUCCACAUAUAUAAGGUCUUCUUAUACUCCGGUCAGGGUGAAGCCAGGAACGUAUAACCACGUGGUCCUCUCGCCCAAAGAAGUCAAUCAACUCGACACCCAGACCUAUCACUGCGAUUCCAGGGACGGAUACAGCAGAGACGAGUGCAUGGACACAUGCACAUGGAUGUGGACCUCCAUUCUGCCACUGUCGUGUCGACUUUCCUCGAUGAACGUGUCUUUGCCGAUGUGCGAUCACAUUGGGGCUAUCCUAGAAAUGGGCCGCAUAAUUAAUUCCGCAUGGAAUAGGCAUAAUGAGCUGCUUCAUUCAACCUGCAUCUGCCCGCCACCCUGCCAUCGCCUCCGCUACGCUGUGGACGUGAGGACUCUGAAACAAGCUUUGGACGAAUAUAACUAUCUCUGGAUAUAUCUCCCUGAGGAUAUCGUGGAAGUUCUGGUCGAGAAAGAGGUCUACGAUCUCAUCCAGGUGUUUGGGGAAUUCGGGGGUUGCCUUGGUGGAGAAUGGCGGCCGACAUUUUUCAUGAACCAAGAUUACGAAUUGAGUCUAUGUUACACAUUCCACCCCAAUGUGAGCCUCGGAUUCGGAGGGCAAAUCUCCGGAUAUGAGCUCCAAUUCGAAAACCCCUCGAGGAAAGAAGACAUUGACACAGUGUACUGGGAAAUUAAGAUCCAUCGCGAUCUGGGAUGGGCCUCCACAUACGUAAAGUCUUCUUAUACUCCGGUCAGGGUGAUGCCAGGAACGUAUAACCACGUGAUUCUCUCGCCCAAAGAAGUCAAUCAACUCGACACCCAGACGUAUCCCUGCGAGUCCAGGGACGGAUACAGCAGAGACGAGUGCAUGGACACAUGCAUGUGGAAGUUUACCUCCAUGCUGCCACUGGGGUGUCGACUUUCCUCGACGAACGUGUCUUUGCCGGUGUGCGAUCACAUUGCCGAUAUCCUACUAAUUGACCGCAUUAUUAAUUCCGCAUGGAAUAGGCAGAAUAUGCAGAUUCAAACAAACUGCAUCUGCCCCCCACCCUGCCAUCGCCUCCGCUACGCUCUGGACGUGAGGACUCCGAAACAAGCUUUCGACGAAUAUAGCUAUCUCUGGAUAUAUUUCUCUGAGGAUAUCGUGGAAGUUCUAGUCGAGAAAGAGGCCUACGAUCUCAUCCAGGUGGUGGGGGAAUUCGGGGGUUGCCUUGGUAUGUUUCUCGGUAUUUCUCUCGUCUCCAUAUACGAGUCCCUCGACCGACUUAUCCGAUUCUUGGUCGCAAAACGCAUCGCCAGUGAAUAA